AUGCGUAAACAACUCGACCCCCGCAUUCCUAUUCUAAUCAACAAUAAUGUCAAGAAGAAUCAUCGCUCGUUCAUAGUACUGGUAGGAGACCGGGGAAAGGAUCAGAUCGUGAACCUCCAUUUCCUGCUCUCGCAAGCGCGUGUAUCAGCACGUCCAUCAGUGCUAUGGUGCUACAAAAAGGAGCUCGGCUUCACUACUCAUCGGAAGAAGCGCGAAGCCAAAAUCAAGAGGGAAAUCAAGCGAGGCACUCGAGAGCCCAACGAGCAGGACCCCUUCGAAAUAUUCAUCACCGUUACAGACAUCCGCUAUACUUAUUACAAGGAGUCUCAAAAGAUACUCGGCCAGACGUUUGGCAUGUGCGUACUACAAGACUUCGAGGCUAUUACCCCCAACCUGCUAGCGCGAACGAUUGAGACGGUAGAAGGUGGCGGUCUGGUCGUCAUAAUGCUGAAGAGUAUGAAGUCGCUACGACAGCUCUAUGCCAUGACCAUGGAUGUACAUGCACGAUACCGGACAUCCGCUCACGAUUCCGUUGUGGCACGGUUCAACGAGCGUUUUAUCCUCUCUCUGGGUUCUUGCGAAGAUUGCUUGGUGCUAGACGAUGAGCUGAACGUUCUGCCGAUUUCUCGGGGCAAGGACAUCAAGCCGAUAGAGGAGGACCGCGGGAAGAGCAAAGAGGAGUCGGAGCUCAAGGACCUGAAGGAGAGCCUCGCGGACACCAAGCCGAUCGGCGAAUUGGUCAAGCUCGCGAAAACAAUAGACCAAGCGCAGGCUAUAUUGACGUUUGUGGACGCCAUUGCUGAGAAGACGCUCUCGUCGACGGUGACGCUCACUGCUGCUCGUGGUCGUGGAAAGUCUGCUGCUCUGGGUCUUGCCAUCGCUGCGGCACUUGCGCAUGGGUACUCCAACAUCUUCGUUACCAGUCCGAGCCCGGAGAAUUUGAAGACGUUGUUCGACUUCAUCUUCAAGGGCAUGGAUGUCCUUGGUUACGAGGAGCAUCUCGACUAUGACAUCGUGCAGAGCACCAACCCCGACUUCAACAAGGCGAUCGUUCGCGUGAACGUGUUCCGCAAUCAUCGACAGACGAUUCAGUACAUUCAACCUGAGGACGCUCACGUCUUGGGCCAGGCUGAACUGGUCAUCAUCGAUGAGGCUGCCGCCAUUCCCCUCCCUCUCGUGCGCAAUCUCAUGGGUCCUUACCUCAUCUUCAUGGCGUCGACCAUCAACGGUUACGAAGGCACUGGUCGCUCCCUGUCUCUGAAACUCAUCCAACAACUUCGCGAGAGCACCCGUCCCUCUCUUACGAAAGACGCUACCCCGUCCGAGGACGCCGCUACUGCUUCAUCCUCCAAAAAGGCACUCGCGAAAGCCGCGCCGAAAGCGCGUACCCUGCGCGAGAUUAAGCUCGAGACCCCCAUCCGGUACGCUGCGGGGGACAAGGUCGAGAAGUGGCUCAACAGCUUGCUCUGCCUCGAUGCCACACUACUGCCGCGCGCGGCGCACAUGAGCACACCGCACCCAAGCAAAUGCGAGCUGUUCUACGUGAGCCGCGACACGCUCUUCAGCUACCACCCGGCGUCGGAGGUGUUCUUGCAGCGGAUGAUGGCACUGUACGUCGCGAGCCACUACAAGAACCAGCCGAACGAUCUGCAGCUCCUCUCCGACGCGCCCGCCCAUCACCUCUUCGUCUUGCUACCGCCCAUCAAGGACGACGAGACGCACCUGCCCGAGCCGCUCGUCGUCCUCCAGGUUGCGCUCGAGGGCAACAUCAGCAGACAGGCGAUCAUGGACGGCCUCAGUCGCGGCUUCCGCGCUGGUGGCGACAUGAUCCCCUGGCUGAUCUCCCAGCAGUUCCAGGAGAACAAGUUCGCGUUGUUGUCUGGUGCGCGCAUCGUGCGGAUAGCGACACAUCCGGAUUAUGCGAACAUGGGCUAUGGUGCGCGCGCGCUGCAGGCACUGAACGCGUACUACAGCGGGGAGUACUUCAAUGUGGACGAGGUGCCGCAGGUUGAGCCGUCAUAUCCUGAUCCUGCCAGCUUCGACGAGUCCACAGACUUGCUUCAUGACGAGCCCAAGGUCCGCUCUGCGAACGCGAUGCAGCCCCUGCUACAACGCCUCACGGAACGGAAACCCGAGACGCUCGAUUACCUCGGCGUGUCGUACGGCCUGACGCCGCCCUUGCUCCGCUUCUGGAAGCGGGCGGGAUACAUUCCCCUCUACCUCCGACAGACGCAGAGCGAGCUGACUGGCGAGCACACGUGCGUAAUGGUCCGGGGGCUCAACUCGUCGGUAGACGGGGAGCUCGAGUGGCUUGGCGAGUUCGCAAAGGAUUUCCGGAGACGGUUUUUGUCACUGCUCUCGUUCAAGUUCCGUGAGUUCGGCAGCGUGACCGCCCUGAGCGUGCUCGAGGCCGCGAACUCCGGCGUGAAAAAGCUCGACGCCCACCCCUCACGAGAGCUUGGCGCUUCGGAGCUAUCGUUCAUGCUGUCGCCCUUCGACUUGAAGCGGCUCGACUCGUAUUCGAACAACCAGCUCGACUACCAUGUCAUCAUGGAUCUCCUCCCCACCGUCGGGCAGCUCUAUUUCGAGAAGCGCCUCGGACCGGAAGUCCGAUUAAGCGCUGUGCAGAGCUCGAUCCUGCUCGCGCUCGGCAUGCAACGCAAGACCAUCGAGGAGAUCGAGGCUGAGCUGCAGCUCCCCGUAUCGCAGGCGCUCGCGCUGUUCGUGAAGGUGAUCAAGAAGAUCAGCAAACGCCUGCUGGACGUGCAGAAGGCCGCGAUCAGCGCGCAGAUGCCCGACGCGCGUGCUGCAGACGCGCUCGCACUCACUCGAACCGACGCGGACGGCGCAAAGGCAGCGUGGAAGCCGCUGGAGACGAGCCUCGAGGACGAGCUCGCGGAAGCGGGCGGCGAGGCGGCGCGCGCGCUGCGCGAGAAGCAGCGCGCGAUGAUCGACGCGCUCGAUCUCAGCAAGUGA